ACUGCGAUACGUGUUUAUCCAGAAGGGUUCCACCAAGCGUUUCACGAUAUGAAGGGAGCCAUCCAGCGCGUACAAGGUAUCUGGUGUGGGUCCCUAGCCGGUAAGGCUGGUGCACCAUUCAUACUCGGUGGGGACGAGGAAACAUACAAGCACAUGUACCACGUCAUGGCACAGAAGCCCCGCGAGUACCGACAAGUCCGUCGCUACCCCGGCGAUUGGCAUUUGCUGUUGCACAUGGCCAAGGUGAUGCUUAGGCGGUACUGGGGUGCUGGCGUGGAGUUCGUGGCGAAGGAUUUGGGCACAGACGGGUCGAAGUCGGGGGAAGGGAGCAACUACCGUCGGGCCCACCACCACGCAAUGGCGUUUUGGGCGGCGUUUAUUGCUCUGUGUCGACAGGAAUACUUAGAGAGUUUGCCGACGCCAGGUGACAGACCGGUGGAAGAGGACAACGUGGUCGACGGGGUGGUUCGGUGGAUAGUGGCACGGGCGGAGUCUCACAAGACUUUCGCUGUGUGGAAGCAGUUCCUCCUCCACGACUACCAUGAGUACAUCGCCUUCCGAACUGCCCUGCGUACGGGGAACUUCAGGCUAAGGCUUGAAGGCCUUCGGCGUAUCGCCCCCAUUUUGUUCGUCACCGGCAAAGACAAGUACCAGUUCCUCGUGGCAGAUCAUCUGACGGAGGUGUCGGGUUAUUCGCGUAAUGAUAUGAGGGUCGUAUCCGAGCUAUUCUCCGUCUCACAUGGCCCUGACACGUUUGCACGAAUCGGCUUGGACGAGCGAAAGGAGGUUUCCAAUCGUCUCUACAAGACAUUGGCGAAAAGGAUCCUUUCGAGCACGAUAGAAAAGCUGACACCGAUUGCCCAGCUGCGUGAAGUCGCCAUCUUCGACUUCGAAUCGCAUUUCAUCGAGAAAACACGCACGGAAAGGGACCGUUGUAGAGAGUUCGUGGUAAAACGUGCACCAGCAGUCAUGGCGGCGAUGGACUGCUUGAGAGAGAGCCCGGCACUUGAAGGCGACGAUGGCAAAGACAAGGUCGCGGCGUUGGACGGGAGAGUGUUUCCGCCGGUCAAGUGGCAAGAGUUUCUCGACUCGCCCGCUAAGGCUCGUGCGAAAAUGCGCGAGUGUGUCCUGUACUACGUCUUCAAGAAGAAAAAACUCAACGGCGCGAAACUCAACGGCGCGACCAAGAAGAAGAUUUUCUCCAUCCCGGCUAGGAACAGCAUCAACAAGGCCACGAAGCGCCAAGGGAGGUCGUCUGCACUCAAGGAUUCCGUCCGUAAUGCCUACGCUGGGGGGCAAGAGUGGAAGGCCCUCACGCUGAACAUGUUCGAUGCGGCCAGAGAAGGUGGGGGUGUGGUGACACAAGACCAGAUGCUGGAAAUGGUGGCGUCCAUACGAGCGGCCACGCCGUACAGCAUGGCCAACGCGACGGGAGGAGCGAAGCACACCAACAAGGCGGCAGGUCCAGGGAAAUGGGUCAGAGACCAUGGUGACGACGGGUUCGCAGACGACCCAUUUUACGACGCCGACGCUCAUGGCGUGGAUCUUCCCGUGUCAACCCACCAAGGGGUGCACCCGGAAUAUCUCGAGAAGGGAACUGCGGGAAUAAUCGACUACAGGAUGAGGCAGCUGUUGUCGAAGUGGCUGCAGUCAACCGAGCUACUCCUGGUGUGCUACGACCGACAGGAACUGGUGCCGGUAAUCAAAGGACAAGAGCAGCUUGGGAGGACCGAGAAACUUGGUGAGUGCUCUCGGACCUUCGACCCGAAGUCCACGGACCCUGUUACUGCGUUACAGUAUGGACCAUGGCUUCGAGCCGAUCGCAAGGCGGCGCGGAACGGAAUCGCCGCCUACCUCGCCAUGCGCGUGCUAGCUGAUGAAGUCUGGACCGGCGACACCAAGCCGAACGGAAUCGUCGCAUUCUAUGGCGUCGGAGGUGAGCCUGGUCUGAGUGCUGAUCAUCCAGCUGGUGUAGAUGCGGAGGGUGGCCUUGAGAUGGGAGGGGUAGGCGCCACGGAGGCGCUUUCCGGAACAGAACCACUCCUUCACUUUCGAAACGGAAACGACCCUACCCCUGGCGUCGAGCGGCAGCUAGGGCCAGACAUCGGCGAGGCGGAGCUCUCCGUGAUACACUUCAUCGUUUGGGCGAAGAAGUACUGGGGGAAAAACUUCGACAAGUGGAUUGUUUCAUCGGUAGACACGGACCUAUGGAUGAUUAUUCUACUGGCGAUGACCACUGGUUGGCUUCGGCCUCGUGGCGAGGGGGCGGUUGACGUGACCGUCCAAAAGGUCGCGGGUGGCGAGACCAAGUUCCUGUGUAUGAACAGAGUACCGUAA